AAUUGUGUCCACCAUUGACGCGCUAUCCAUCGCGUGGUGUCUCUUGGUAUCAUAGGAGGGCACCAAUGAGGAAAAAAAAAGAGGGGGGUCGAAUUCACACGUUGAUUUUGUUCUCCGCCUGCACUUGUCUGUUCGACUCAUCCUCUCUCAUCCAUCGACCUUCGACCUCCAUUUCAACCUUGAUUCAACUCCUCCUUGUUUGCGGAGAGCUCGAGAACAUUCACGAAGUAAGCGACACAAGAACGCUCAGCUGCGAAACGCCAUGGCGACACCAGCACUCCUCCUCAACGCCCUGUCGAUUGUUCUAGGCUCAUUCCAGUAUGGUUAUCAUAUUGGUGAGCUCAACUCACCCCAAGAGGUCAUCACCACCUGUCCCGAACCUCUAUACCCGAACCCUUCGACAAAUGGAGCACACCUCAACGACUGGAUUGAGCCCGGCGGAUCCUUGCCAACAUGCAUCCCUAUGAGCAACUCGGAGUGGUCUGUCCUGGUCGCCACGCUGACGCUAGGUGGCCUACUAGGCGCAAUGCUGGUCGGGUCCCGACUGGCGGAUCGUUUUGGUCGGCGAAACGCGCUUAUGAUAAACAAUGCAUCGCUUCUGGUCGGCUCCGUAGUCAUCGGCUGUGCUUCGACGUACACGGGAAUGCUUGUAGGCCGGUUCCUAAUCGGUGUUGGCUGUGGUGCCGUGACGGUGAUUGUGCCCAUGUACCUGGCUGAAGUCUCGCCGCCUGAACUCCGUGGAUCCCUUGGUGUGAUGAAUCAAUUGGGGAUCGUUGUGGGAAUUUUUUUCGCGCAAAUCCUCGGCCUUUACUUCUCGACACCAACUGGAUGGCGCGUCAUCCUCUUGACCGGCGCAGCGAUUUCCUUCCUUCAAAUUUUUUUGCUCCCCUUCUGUGUGGAGUCACCCCGCUACCUGGCACUACAACCCGGUGGGUCCGCUAAGGCCAAGCGUGCCCUCCAGAUUCUCCGCGGACGACAAGAUGUGGCCAAGGAAAUUCGAGACUGGACCCGACAAGAUGACCGCGCAGUCGUGGCUGAAGAGGAAGGCCAUUCUGGUUCGAGUCCGCUAUUGAACGACUCUAGCGACGCAUUGUUGGUCGGAGGCGCAGGAAUCGAAGAAGAGGGACAUCAACCCCUGCAACAAAAGACUUUCAAUGCACUCAAUUCUGGACGCGGCAUCACCGUCGCUGAAUUUGUGUCCAUGCCGCGUUACCGCCGUCCAGUCAUCCUGUUGCUCUUGAUUCAACUGUCUCAGCAACUCUCAGGAAUCAAUGGCGUUAUUUUUUACUCUACGGCGAUUAUGUCGCAGAUCCUGCCUUCGUCCGGCGCUAUGAUUACGGUGUACAUCUCGAUUGUCAACAUCAUCAUGACCGUGAUUGCAGCCUAUCUGAUGGACAGGGCCCCACGUCGUAGCUUACUCUUGACCUCGAGCAUCUCCAUGGCCAUCAGUUCUUUCCUCUUGGCGGGCUCGCUCAACUAUGAGGUCCCGCUUCUCUCUGCAUUUUCGAUCAUCGCGUUUGUGGCGUCGUUUGCGAUUGGCUUGGGCCCCAUUCCGUUCCUGAUCAUCCCAGAGUUGGUCGAUACAACUGCUGUGGCCAGUGCGUCAGCAUUUGCACUGUCUGUCAACUUUGUGACCAACUUUGUGGUAUCGGUCAUGUUCUUGAAGCUACAGGAGUGGUGGGGCGGUAACGUCUUCUAUCUAUUUUUCGUGCUGCUGAUGGGCCUGUCGGUUGCCAUGAAUAAGCUCGUCCCCGAGACCAAGGGCAAGACCCCCGAUGAAGUAGCACGAUCCUGGCAAUCAUCGCAUGUUCACUGAGUGAGCCAAUUUUGUUGCGCCAUAGGGCUUGACCUCAAGUUUGACUGACGAAAAUAAAAACGGGUUAUUUAAUAACUCAUAUCCAAUUCU